UCUCUCUCUCCCUCUCUCACACGCAGCCUGUCCGGUAGGACGGGACCAGUAGCCAGAUAUCCAUGCAUGCCUGACCGCUAGUCUUACUUCCUGGAUGGAAGAAUGGGACAUUUCCAGCACCACUUUUCUUCGCGUUGUGCUUUGCCCUUCGUCACGCUGACGCCGCGGAUAAUCACUUCAUAAUGAUCACGCGUAAUCAAUAUUAUUCGACCACUUUUUUGUCUUCCCCCGCUGUAGUUAAAGACAGCGAUUGAUCGCCGAUUGAACCCCUCCACCUCCCCUCCUCCUCCUCCUCCCUCUCCACACUUCGGGAAUGUCGCUAUCUGGAAGCCCGCUACAGGCACGGUGGAGUCCGACAACAGAUUCUGAACUGUUUCUGCACAGCCGUGGUGUGCGUAACGUUUUAUUCCUCGAAGCUAAACACAGCCGCUGCUCGGACUGGAGGCGAAUAAAUUAGUCUUUUUUUUUAAAAGCAGUGACUCUGUAGCUUAACUGCUAACCAUUACUUUGAUGCUCUGCCUUCGUGGCUGCUGUGCCAACUUCGUUUCCAGCUUCGGUCGUGUGUGUGUGAUUUUCUUGUUUUGUUGUUUUUCUUUUUAAAGAAGAGAAAAGACUGAGAAACUUUGUCACCCGUUGCCUUCUUGUUGCUCUCGAUGAGUAGUCUAACAUGCGGAGGAUACGGGAACCGAGUUACUGGUGGAUUUUAUCCUUAAUGUUUUUAACCUUGCCCAAACACAAAGACUGUCACCCCGUUGCAUCGGGUGACCAGCUCGGCCGCGCUGGAGACGGGCAUCAUGGGAGCACUGGCGUAAUGAGGGAGAGGAGGGCAGCCGAUGACCCCUACUGGUCCUAUUCAGGAAACCAUGGACCUCGAGGCUGGGCAGCCUCAUACCCAGAAUGUGCUGCGAACAACCAAUCACCUGUAGACAUUGCAGAUGAGCAAGCUCUGGUUUCAGAGGAGUACCAGGAGCUCGUGCUUGACAAGUUCAACGCUGAGUCCUCCAACCAGACCACCAUGAAAAACACUGGAAAGACAGUUGCUGUUCUUCUGAAGGAUGACUACUUUGUAAGAGGUGCUGGACUGCCAGGCCGCUUUAAGGCUGAGAAGAUGGAGUUUCACUGGGGCCAGAGUAAUGGAUCAGCGGGCUCAGAACACAGCAUAAGUGGCAGAAGGUUCCCUGUAGAGAUGCAGAUCUACCUUUACAAUUCAGAUGACUUUGACAGCCUCAGCGCUGCCAUCAAGGAAAGACGCAUCAUCGCUGCCAUGGCUGUCUUCUUUGAGCUGGGGCAAAAGGACAAUCCAGCUGUGGGCCCCAUCAUCCAGGGACUGAAAGGAGUAGUACAUCAUGAAAAGGAGACCAACCUCAGGUCUUUCAUCCUGAGGGAUCUGCUGCCGUCAUCAGUUGACAGUUAUUACAGAUACACCGGCUCUCUGACCACACCACCCUGCAGCAAGGUAGUGGAGUGGAUCAUCUUCUCCAGGCCUGUGUAUCUGUCCCAGUCGCAGCUGGAGGCCUUCUACUCCAUCUUUACAACCGAGCAGCAGGACCAUGUCAAGUCCGUAGAAUACCUAAGGAACAACUUCCGGCCCCUGCAGGACCUAGGCAAUAGGAAAGUCUUUAAAUCGGCUGUUAAAGACGCAUGGCAGAAAGAUUUGACUGAGAUCCUGAGAAACCCCCACAGCACUGAAGCUUCAAGAGUGUGCAGCAGUGCUCCGGUGAGCAUGAAGAUCCAGCCGCUGAACCAGACAGCGCUGAUGGUGAGCUGGGAACGCCCUCUGACCAUUUACCACCCGCCCAUCACCAGUUACAUGGUCUCCUACAGCUGGGUGAAACGUGAUGUCGCAGAUGAAAAUACCUUCACCAAGACUGGGGACCAGAGCAUGAAAGCAGUCAUCACUAAUGUGUCCCCUGACGUCCUGUACCUGUUCAGAGUGCAGGCAGUAUGUCAGCAUGACCUGCGCAGUGAUUUCAGCCAAACGCUGCUGUUCAGAGCUAAUACAACAAGAACAUUUGAAGGGUCUCGUAUUGUGAAGACUGGGAUGCCCACGAUUUCUCCAGCAUCCUCAGCAGACAUGGCUCCAAUAAGCUCCGGUUCCUCCACUUGGACAUCGUCUGGCAUCCACUUCUCCAUCGUCUCCAUGGCAACGGGGAUGGGCCCAUCCUCCAGUGGCAGCCAGGCCACGGUGGCAUCAGUAGUGACAAGCUCUUUGCUGGCCGGCUUGGGAGUCGGCGGAGGGGUCAUCUCUUCUUUGCCCAGCUCCGUCUGGCCGACACAUGCUCCGCAAGCCACUCAGAACCCCACCCGUCCGUCCGCCCCGCCCGCAAAGUCCAGCACCGAGCAGGCGGCAUCCCAGGGCUCGGAGGCAGAAACCCCAGCCGAGGAGAACCAAGCUGCCCGUGAGGGCGAGGAGGAUGACAAGGAGGGAGAGAGAGAAGGAGAGCAGGAGGAGGAAGAGGAAGAGAAGAAGAGAAAGAACAAGCCUGCACCUGAUAAUGAGGAAAAGCAAGGGAACAGCACUGUGGCCAAAGAGCCUUUAAUCCCCACCCCCGCAUCCACAGCCAAAGAGAAAGGAGAGGGAAAGCCGACAGUCAAAGGCACCACAAUACCUGCAAGCACUGGUGAGGAGCAGUUGGUCAAUGCAGACAAGAUUCCCACAGAUGUAAAUGCAGUCUCCACUCAGGAGCCUCGUAAUGACAGUGCUGAGAUGCAGAUUCCCCAGAGCUCCACACUGUCUCCAAAGAUCAGUAGUGAUGGGAGGAAUAUCUGGCCUUUCUCUGUCCACACUGACCGGACCACUUUGUCCAAUGUUACGCGAAGCCCUCCUCCGGGGAUGGGCAGGAUGGUGUGGAUUGUCCCCUUAGUGGUGGUGUCUGCUCUCACUCUGCUCUGCCUCAUAAUGCUGCUGAUUGUAAUGGUCUAUUGGAGGAGAUUUUUCCAGACAGCUCACUUCUAUGUAGAGGAGAGCAGCUCUCCACGGGUGGUGGCCAAUGAGAAUAUUCCAGUCAUCCCUAUACCAGAUGACAUGGAGGCCAUCCCUGUUAAGCAUUUUGUCAAACACAUCAUGGAGCUUUACAAAAACAACCUACAAGGUUUUGCUGAGGAGUUUGAGGAGGUCCAGCGCUCGACAGCAGACCUGAAAAUCACAGCAGAACAUUCCAAUCAUCCUGACAACAAGCACAAAAACAGAUACAUCAACAUUGUGGCCUAUGACCACAGCAGGGUGAAAUUACGAGCGCUGGCGGGGAAGGAUGCCAAGCAUUCAGAUUACAUCAACGCCAACUAUGUAGAUGGCUACAACCGUCCCAGAGCUUAUAUAGCUGCUCAGGGUCCUCUCAAGUCUACAUUUGAGGAUUUUUGGAGGAUGGUGUGGGAGCAGAACACUGGAAUCAUCGUCAUGAUCACAAACCUGGUGGAGAAAGGAAGAAGGAAAUGUGACCAGUACUGGCCAACAGAGAACAGCGAGCAGUAUGGAAACAUUGUGGUGACGCUGAAAAGCACCAAAGUGCACGCCUGCUACACACUGCGGCGUUUUCUCAUAAGGAACACGAAAGUUAAAAAGGGCCAGAAGGGGAAUCCAAAGGGGAGGCUAAAUGAACGCAUUGUUAUCCAGUAUCACUACACUCAGUGGCCUGACAUGGGAGUACCAGAGUACACCCUCCCCGUGCUCACCUUCAUCAACCGCUCAUCAGCGGCUCGCACUGCAGACAUGGGCCCUGUCCUGGUGCACUGCAGUGCAGGGGUUGGGCGUACGGGAACGUACAUUGUCAUUGACAGCAUGCUGCAACAGAUCAAGGACAAAAGCACAGUCAGCGUCCUGGAUUUUCUCAAACAUAUCCGCACACAACGCAACUACCUAGUCCAGACUGAGGAGCAGUAUGUUUUCAUCCACGAUGCUCUGAUGGAGGCCAUCCUGAGCAGAGAGACAGAGGUGCCUGCCUGGCAGCUCCACAGUUAUGUCAACAGCAUCCUCACGCCCAACUCGACAGGCCGCACACGGCUGGAGAAGCAGUUCAGGCUGCUGACUCAGUGCAACACCCGCUUUGUGGAGUGCUUUAGUGCCCACAAAGACUGCAACAAGGAGAAGAACCGCAAUUCCUCAGUGGUUCCCUCGGAGCGAGCAAGGGUUGGACUCACCACUCUGCCCGGAAUGAAAGGAACAGAUUACAUUAAUGCGUCCUACAUAAUGGGUUACUACAGGAGUAAUGAGUUCAUCAUUACCCAGCAUCCCUUGCCACACACCACCACAGACUUCUGGAGGAUGAUUUGGGACCAUAACGCUCAAAUUAUUGUCAUGCUGCCUGACAACCAGGGCCUGGCUGAGGAUGAAUUUGUUUACUGGCCGAGUCGGGAAGAGGCCAUGAACUGCAUCGCCUUCACUGUCACACUCAUCAGUAAGGACAGACUGUGCCUCUCCAACGAGGAGCAGAUCAUCAUCCACGACUUCAUCUUAGAGGCCACGCAGGACGACUACGUUCUGGAGGUGAGACAUUUUCAGUGCCCCAAAUGGCCGAACCCCGACGCCCCUCUCAGCAGCACCUUCGAGCUCAUCAGCGUCAUCAAGGAGGAGGCCAUGACUCGAGACGGCCCCACCAUCGUGCACGAUGAGUACGGAGCGGUGUCGGCUGGGAUGCUCUGCGCCCUCACCACACUGUCCCAGCAGCUGGAGAAUGAAGGCGUCGUCGACAUCUAUCAGGUGGCUAAGAUGAUCAAUCUCAUGAGGCCGGGAGUCUUCACUGAUAUAGAGCAGUACCAGUACCUUUACAAAGCCAUGCUCAGCCUGGUCAGUAACAGAGAGUGUGGCCUGAGCCCCAUGCACAUGGACACUAAUGGGGUGGUGGUGAUUGCAGACGAGUCGGACCCUGCGGAGAGCAUGGAGUCGCUCGUCUGAGGACAUUGUUACAGGCACUUAAUUUGUAAAAAUCUGAGAACUUUUCUGAGGCCUUUUUUGCCAGACUAUUGAUUAAAUGAAUAACCUUAUUACUUUUUAUACUGAUAAAGGUUUUUUGAUAUUUAUGUUUUUGUCCUUUAUUUCUUGUCUUAAAUGUUAUCCUGCUGAGCGUUUGCACCUGUUUAAGUUGACGUGAGGAAAAAGCAGCUCUGUCCAGUUUGCACUAUACUAUCAGUGUUACUGCCUAAACCCAGCGAGUUAAAUCCUGGCUACAUGACAAAACUGGGAUCUAUGGACCGCAAUGAGACAAACCUGAAGCAUGAAGACCAGGAUGAGUUAAGGCGAUCCGCUUCCAAUAAUGUCUCAAAACUAAACAUCGCAUCACAACGUAGCCCAGCAUGCAUUAUGUCACUUUUGUCACCUCGAUCAAACUAACUGUUUUGAGGCUCGGCUCCACAUGCGUGAAGUUCUUUAUCACACGUGAAGAGACUCUUACCUGCCUAAUAUUCAUAUAUUGUCCAAAUAUCUCACUGCUGUCUUGUAUAAUGUACUUAUGGCUUAUUUUGUUAAAGUGUGUUACAACAUCUAAUGUGAACAUUUAUUGCUUUUUACAGGGAUUUAUAUUGUUAUAUUGUUUUGUAAUAUAUAUAUUAUAUCCUUAAUAGCCAGUCAAUGUUUUUUUUCUUAGUACUUUUGCCUAUUUGUCCACUGGCCUUGGUGUAGAUUCAUAUUUUUGGAGAAUGGCCUACACAGGUCCAUAUGUUUCAUUUUUCAGCUUUUUUUUUUUUCCAGCUUUUCUAACCUCAACAAAAGCUCAACUAUUAUAACACAUAAUAGGUAUCUGUAUUGACACAAUUCAAGGCCUAUAAAAGUUCUGACCCUACACAAAAUUUUUCAUGUUUUUCUUCAUGAGUCACAGUGCAUGUGAUUAGGAUUUAUUUUUGACACUGAUUUAACAGUCCAUAUGUCCACAAAUGGAUCGAAAUUAACUACAAGUACCUAACUGAUUGUGCGAGUGUUCACCUUCUGGAGAUGAUAAUUAGCAUUGGAACCUUUGGCAGAAAUUACAACGUUGAAUCUUUGUUGUUCGGUCUGUAUCAGCUUUGUACAUUUGAACACUGCAUUUAUUUCUCAUUCUUCUUUCAAACUCUAUUAUUGGAAACUGUGAGUGAGCAGCAAAGAUCAAGACCUGCCAUUGUUGUUAGACUAAAUUGAAGUCUGGACUCUUAUUUUGUCACCCCAGGACAUUUGAGAUUGUUGUUUUUAAAACACUCCAGCAUAGCUCAGACGUCAUAUUUGUCUUGAGAUUUCAGUAAAAUUUCUUUAUAUUUUACUGGCUGCUGCAGAGAGGCGUCCUCACAAGGCAACGUGAUGGUGAUGGUGUGUUUCUUCUCAUGUGAAGAAGUUAAUUAACACUCAACAUGGUGUUUAGAACAUCAGAGCAUAAACCUCCCACUUUGUUGCAGUUUCCCACACAUGCUUUCAUGUGAGCUUUUUCACUAUAGAGACUUCAUCUGUAACCAGAGAGACACCUGAGCAGUGUCUCCUGCUGUAUUUCGGCCGUGAAAUGCUGCAGCUCCUUCACCAAGUCCUCCUCCUCUUCUCCCCACACUUUUGAGGAUAGCCUGCUCUAGGCAGAUGUAGAGCUCAGACUUAUUCUUUCCAUUGUUGUGAUCAUAUUAGGGAUAUUCAGUGCCUUGGAAAUUUUCUGAAUAUUUAGCAAACUGGACUUCAAAUCAGGUGUUUUUUGUUUUUCUUUUCUAUUUCUGCUUAGUUUAUUACUAUAAACAUUUAUUUUUACAUUGACAGGCAUUUUCCUUUGAUCAGUGUCAAAAGAAAUUAUAAUUACAUCCACUGUGAUUUAAAGUUGCUAAUUAGUAUAACACAAGAAAGUUGUAAUGGUGGGGGGAGUACUUUUUUAUAGGCUCUGUAAUUUCUUUCUUUCUUUCUUUCUUUCUUUUUUUUUCUGGUGGCUUGAUGCUUUAUUUGUAACCAAAGAUGUGGUUCCAGUUUGCAACAUGUAAGUGGUUUUGUCCUGAGAUCUAUUUAAUCAACUAGAAUUUAAAAUCAAAAUUGUUAAAUCUUGCAGUACAGAUUUCCAGUGUCAAAGGUGUGAAUUUAACCAGAGUUAAGCAUGUUUCUGUUCUAGCCUCAGGAACUCACCUUACAGUAGAUAAUCAGAGUACACGAUGCUUUCCUCACUCCUCACAUUAGACAAGAAGAUUUAAAAUUCAGACUGUAAAAUGUAUUUUAUUUGGGCUGAUAUUCUGUGUCCGCACUAUUUUGUGGCUAUUAAUUAUAAGCCCUUCUCAACCCUGAACACCCCUCUCUCUUUAUUGAUUUGUGUGUAUCUUCAUAGUGUGUAUUCUAUGAUGAGCACUUUUUUUUCCUUUUGGCUGAUAACAUCCACUUCUCUGCUAAAGAGGAGUUUACUAAGUCCAGUGAAAACUCUCCAACAUUUGGAGACAAGUCAAGUCCAGAUUGCUGAUCACUUAGCUCUUUCUUUGCUGCAACUGUUUUGUUUUUUUCUUCCGUAUGAAUGCCGGCAUCUUCUCUGUUUGAUAUUUCUACACUCAUUUAUCACACGAGUGCUGUUGCUUCAGAAACAAAUGACUUUAAUCUGACCUUUGUGAUCAUAGAUGUUUGUAUUUUCAUACAAAGAUUUGAUUUGUGUAGUGUGGCCCUGUGACAGAUUGUACUUUAUUCAAAUCUUCACUGCAAAAUCCCCAACAUCCACGACCACACCUGCCCUUGUGAGAGGUCCAUCCUGGUGUUUAGACCACAUUUUCAUGACAUUUGCUCAAUGGUGCGGGGAUGCAGUAUGUUACCGUGAGUGGAUUCCAGCCAGGGUCAUGGUUAAGUCUGAUUUGUAACUUAAAUAAACAAUAAACUGGUUUUGCCCAUCAUAUCACAUGUUUAUAUGACAGUAUCAUAGCCAUAUAUCCCUAUGAUACUGUUAUAUAUCAUAUUAUAGUGUCAUAGUGUUAUUUAAUAGGUAAACUGUAUUGCUAUACAUUAAAUAAAGUCUGGGUUUGGGUGCACAGCAUCCUUGUAUUACAUGCAA